AUGAAUAACACCGUGCCAGUAAAUGAAGAAAUAUCGAGACCUUUGGAAGAAUCAUUGGUAAUAUGCAAGCAGUCAAGCCGACUGAUGCAAAAGAAUCUGCAGACUGGAAAGUUAAUGGAUGCCUUUCGAAACUGCAGUAUGAGUCUGGUAGAAAUGAGGAACAAUGCUCUUUCUCCGAAACAAUAUUACGAACUGUAUAUGUUUACUACAGAAACCCUACGGCGGCUUGGUGAAGCGUUGCUGGAGACACACCUGAACGGUACGCAUCAUUUGAUGGAUCUUUACGAACUUGUACAAUAUGCGGGAAGUGUUCUUCCUCGUCUGUAUCUAAUGAUAACAGUAGGAAGCGCAUAUCUGGAGACUCCCAAAGCUCUCGUUAAAGAAAUCAUGAACGACUUAAUCGACAUGUGUGCCGGUGUGCAGCAUCCUUUACGUGGAUUAUUUCUUAGACAUUACUUAUUGACACAAACAAGAAAAGGACUCACACAGGAUCCCGACCAUGAUGAUGCUGACCCGAAGACGGAGACUCUUAUGGACUCUGUGAAAUUCUUGCUCUUAAAUUUCACGGAAAUGAACAAAUUGUGGGUUAGGAUUCAACAUUUAGGGCCUAUGAAAGAUUACAUGAGGCGAACUCAAGAGCGGAAUGAGCUUAAGGUUCUUGUCGGUCUUAAUCUCGUCCGACUGUCGCAACUCAAUUUCGAUUUGGACACGUACAAAAAUGAGAUCCUUCCAGCUAUUGUUGAACAGGUAAUUGAGUGUAGAGAUCCCUUAGCCCAAGAAUACUUGUCCGAGGUUAUUUGCCAAGUUUUUCCAGACGAAAUGCACCUGGAAACCUUGGACAUAUACUUUAGCACUAUCAUGAAGUUAAAUAGAAGCGUAAACAUUACGCCUUUGGUUAUUUCUAUGCUGAAUAGACUUACCGCUUAUGUUCAGCGCGAAUGCGAAGUUGAGUCUUCUGAUAGAGAAGGUUCAGUAAACCAAACAAUGCAAAACUUGUCCCUUGAGGAUCAAUCUUCUGAUCCCGAAAACAAAAUAUGCCCGGGUGAUAGGGUUAUUUCCCCAAAGUUAGCUAUCCAGGAAGUACUAUGGACUUAUAUUGUGGAUGUUCUCAACGCCCGUAAUGGUAUUGCUUUGGGCGAUAUUGUACAGAUACUUUCAAGUAUCCUAAAUUUUUUCUUACAAUGUUACCCUUACCAAACUCAAUAUGCCGAUAGAGUAUUUCAGGUUAUAAACGAACGUAUUCUACAACAGCCAUCUUUGCAAACAGAACUGAAGGAGCGGUCACUUCAAAAGUCGCUAUUUUCAAUACUGGUGCUCCCAAUUGUCUCAUUCCCUUCAUUUUCAUACUGCUUGAAUUUACCAAGCUUUCUCCCUGUCUUCAAAGCGCAGCCAAUUAAUAUUCGAUAUGACAUAGCGAAAAUGAUAUUGGAGAAGGUUAUUGAGAAAGAGCAGAUGAUCAGCGAUUUGAAGGAUGUUCAAGAGCUUUUUGGGGUUAUUUCAGUGAUAAUAAAAAAUAACGGCAAUGAUACUAUAGAAGACUUGAAAACGAUAGCUAUAUUGGUUCAUUACCUACAUAAUGAAGACCCUCAAAUUCAAAUUGAGAUUCUGCGUUGUUUGAAGGAUAACUUUGUACAAGCUGGUGAGAAUGUAAAGUACUUACUCCCUGUGGUGGUAAACAAAUGUAUCUUUCUGGCCCGUGAAUUUCGAUUAUUUAAGUGUGUUGACUGGGCUGAAAAGGUUCGUAUCUUAUGGGAUUUUGUUAAUGCUUGUAUUGUCAUUCUUUAUAACCACGGCGAUUCCGCCGAGCUAUCCCUUGUUCUAUACCUAUUUGCCGCAGAAAUGGCCGAUAUUGAAAGUUAUCCAGACUUUGCUUAUGAGUUCUUCACCCAAGCUUUUACCAUAUAUGAGGAGUCUGCUUUGGAUUCGCGAUUACAAUACCAGCAGCUAUUAAUGAUUACAGGAAAGCUUCAAAAGACCAGAAACUUUUCUGUUGAUGACUAUGAUACAUUGAUUACAAAAUGUACACUUUACGCAUCGAAAUUGCUUAAGAAACCAGAUCAAUGCAGAGGAAUCCUUCAUGCAAGUCAUUUAUGGUGGCAGAACGAAACGACCGAAGAAACAGUGAUAUUUAGGGAUUCCAAACGUGUUUUAGAAUGCCUUCAAAAGAGUCUGAAGAUUGCAGAUUCCUGCAUGGAUCAGAUUACCAGCCUAAAAUUGUUUAUCAACAUACUAGAACAGUAUUUUUACUACUAUGAUCAGCGUUGCGAUUCUAUUCUAGCCAAGCAUAUUGGUGGUUUAAUUGAUUUGACCGAGCAAAAUAUGCGAUCAUUGCUUGCGUCUUCCCCUAAUGAUCUUAUUUUAAAUGAUCCCAAUGCUUAUGCUAGUUCCAUUUGGGAAACGGCGGGUGGUUCCUCAGUUGAUAACCUGAGAAAUCAUUUGGAGAAAACAACUGAUCUAGCUGAAAAACGGUCAGAAGAUGAACGAUGGGCGAGCAUUUUUCAAUAG